UGUCAGUACGGUGUAGCAAGUCUAGGAUGCGGUAUCGCGUAACGUUAUGGUGCAUCUCGUGGCCGCGACUUCGUGAGAAGGUCGUCGACGCAGUGGACGCGUCCCGCUAAAGGGGAAAUGCAUUGUACCGUAUCGCGCGAGUGCGUACCAGGGCUAACCUAACCGGAGGCUUGUUUGUUGGUGAUUCUUACGAAGGUGUGAGUGGAAGUGUGCGCGAGGGACUCGCGUCGAAGGCGAGCACCACCACCACCACCAGGGAGUCCCCGGUCGUCGGAGGGAUAUGCACGCGCACGUCAAGAUGUCGUCGGGAGGACACAGCAGUCGUACGCGCGCCGUGCACAUAGGUUCGAUAUUUCAGAAGCUCCACGGUCGGUUCGCCGACCCGAUGACACUACCGAAACUCUCCACCGACAAACGAAUGUUGGAUAAGACCUGGAAGCUGAUGGACAAGGUGGUGAAGCUCUGUCAACAUCAACGGAUGAAUCUGAAAAAUUCACCGCCGUUCAUCCUUGACAUCCUGCCCGACACGUACCAGCGACUAAGACUGAUAUACAGCAAGUACGAGGACAGGAUGCAGGUGUUGCACAGCAACGAGCACUUCUGCGUGUUCAUAAACAACCUUAUGAGAAAGUGCAAGCAGGCGAUAAAAUUGUUCAAAGAGGGCAAGGAUAAGAUGUUCGACGAGUCGUCCCACUAUCGUAGGAACCUGACAAAGCUGAGUCUCGUGUUCAGCCACAUGUUGUCCGAACUGAAGGCCAUCUUUCCGAGCGGUGUGUUCGCCGGACACAAGUUCCGUAUCACCAAAGCGGACGCGGCCGAGUUCUGGAAAGAAAGCUUCGGUAUCAGCACGUUGGUCCCAUGGAAAGUAUUCAGAGACAAGUUGAACGAAGUUCAUCCGAUUAGUUCUGUGCUGCAAGCUAUGGCAUUGAAAUCUACGAUAGAUCUCACAUGCAAUGACUAUAUCUCUAACUUUGAGUUCGAUGUAUUUACAAGGUUAUUUCAACCCUGGUCUACGCUUUUACGUAAUUGGAAAAUUCUGGCUGUGACCCAUCCCGGAUACGUAGCUUUCCUUACUUACGACGAAGUGAAGGCACGUUUACAAAAGUAUUGCAGACCUGGAAGUUACGUGUUCCGGUUAAGUUGUACAAGGUUAGGACAAUGGGCUAUCGGCUAUGUCACGUCCGAUGGAGAUAUUCUUCAAACGAUACCUCACAAUAAAAGUCUUUGUCAAGCCUUGCUUGACGGAUAUCGGGAAGGCUUUUACUUAUACCCUGAUGGCCAUAACAUAAAUCCUGAUCUAACAUGGGCGGUGCAGCCUACUCCGGAGGAGCACAUAAAGGUCACGGCGGAACAGUACGAACUGUAUUGCGAAAUGGGUAGCACAUUCCAGUUGUGUAAAAUUUGCGCAGAGAAUGACAAAGAUGUGAGGAUAGAACCUUGCGGUCAUCUUCUUUGCACACCGUGCCUCACGGCUUGGCAGGAUUCCGAGGGACAGGGUUGCCCGUUUUGCCGAGCCGAAAUUAAAGGAACGGAACAGAUAGUUAUCGAUCCGUUCGAUCCACGAAGAACACACCGGCCUGGAACACAUUCAGCGUCCGUUAGUAAUGCAUCGACCCCCACGCGGGAUCUUGACCCCGACACCGAGGAAAUAAUGGAUCUGUGCAACGGGCAUUGCGGGUUGAUAUGCGACGAUUCGGACGAAGAAGACGACUCGAGUCCAACAAAUUCGCCAGUCUCGGCGCGACGAAUCGUACCGAGCCCGCCGCUACCUCCUCGACGACCAUCACCGUCUCCCACGCCGAACAGUCACUCCAGGAACGGUCGUCACUUGACUGUGCCAAAGGAGAAUGCACCGCCACCGCCAUUGCCAGCAGCUAACACGGUGUUCAACUCCAGCGCUGACAAUCAACAAAAUAAUAACAUGAACUCUGAAGCAGGAUACGACAUGUUGCACCGUGCAUCCUCACCGUCUCCGGCACCACCGAUACCACCAGUGCCGUUUCCAGUUGGCAGAACGCACAUUCGUCGCUCCCAAGGAAGCCACGCUGCUCUUACGCAACCUCAACCACCGACGUUGCCUGAGAAACCUAGUCGUUCCAACGGUGCAUCCUCCAUAUCGAGUCAAACAACAUCCAGCAAUAACGUGCCGCCGGUUCCACCCCCGUUAUCGGUGCCACGGCCACCAAAAGCUAGCAAAGAGUACAACAGACAGGAUCAUCACUAUGAGAACACGAUCGUGAUACCCGGUACAAGACAGCACGUCGUCAGGAACAUCAAUCUUGAAGCAAACACAGCUAGAUUGUCGGCUCUGAUGAGGGGUAAAGACGAUCCUGCCGGUUCCGCUAAGCCAGAAACCGCGGCAUACGAGAAUGUAAACGUGGAACACAUCACCAAACUGACGGCACUUGGGUUUGCCCAAGAUGCGGUGAUCAGAGCGCUGGGUAUUACUAGGAACGAUCUUGAAAUGGCUUGCGACAUACUCCACGAAUUUGCCACGAAAUCUUCUUGACCAGGAUUGAACACCGAAGGGCAGUGAAAAUGCAUAAAAUGUGUAGAACCUGUUGUCCCUGGUGUACGAGAAAUAGGUGUUCUCCGCGUCUCAGACUUUCUUGUUCUAUGAGCAACAGACACCUAAAAA